AUGCCCAGGCGGAGCAUCGCCGAGGUGAAGGUGCUGGACGUGCAGAAGCGGCGCAUCCCCAACAAGCACUAUGUCUACAUCAUCAAGGUCACCUGGUCGAAUGGAGCCACAGAGGUCAUUUACCGGCGGUACAGCAAGUUCUUCGACCUGCAGAUGCAGAUGCUGGACAAGUUCCCCAUGGAAGGAGGCCAGAAAGACCCCAAGCAAAGGAUCAUCCCCUUUCUGCCAGGGAAGAUCCUCUUCCGCCGGAGCCACAUCCGCGACGUCGCCGUCAAGCGCCUGAUCCCCAUUGAUGAGUACUGCAAGGCUCUGAUCCAGCUGCCUCCCUACAUCUCCCAGUGCGAGGAGGUGCUGCAGUUCUUCGAGACACGGCCUGAUGACCUGACCCCCCCCAAAGAGGAGCCCAUUGGAAAGAAGAGGUCUGGGAUUAUCCAGAGAACAGCCUCUUUCCUGCACAGAGGAGCUGACUGUGCCUCGGCAGAGCCCCUGGUGCUGGAGCAGUAUGUCGUGGUGGCCGACUACCAGAAGCAGGAGAGCUCGGAGAUCAGCCUGUGCGUGGGCCAGGUGGUGGAUAUCAUUGAGAAGAACGAAUCAGGCUGGUGGUUUGUGAGCACGCUGGAGGAGCAAGGCUGGGUGCCAGCAACCUGCCUGGAGGCCCAGGAUGGAGUCCAGGAUGAGUUCUCCAUGCAGCCUGAUGAAGAGGAGAAGUACACGGUUAUUUACCCCUACACUGCAAGAGACCAGGAUGAGAUGAACCUGGACAAAGGUGCUGUGGUAGUGGUGAUCCAGAAGAACCUGGAGGGCUGGUGGAAAAUCAGGUACCAGGGCCAGGAGGGCUGGGCCCCUGCCUCCUACCUCAGGAAAGGCAAUGGAGAUGUGUUCCCACCAAAGCUGGGCUCGGGCUCCUCGGCUCACUCGAGUGCCCUGGACCUGGAUGGCAUCUCCAGGCAGCAGGGGCUGGCCAGCAGGGACAAGGACGGGCUGGGGGGCCAGAGGGACGGGAGGCUCGAGAGCCGACCCCUGCCCAGCGCCGACAUCCGACGCAAGUCACCAAAGAUGAGGCAGAGGCCACCUCCUCGCCGGGACCUCACCAUACCCCGUGGUUUGAACCUGCCCAAGCCCCCUGUCCCCCCUCAAGUGGAAGAGGAGUAUUACACCAUCGCUGACUUCCAGACCACCAUCCCUGAUGGCAUCAGCUUCCAGGCUGGAAUGAAAGUAGAGGUAAUUGAGAAGAACCUGAGUGGCUGGUGGUACAUCCAGAUCGAGGAGAAGGAAGGCUGGGCCCCUGCCACCUUCAUUGAUAAAUACAAGAAAACCAGCAACGCCUCCAGGCCCAAUUUCCUGGCUCCCCUUCCCAAUGAGAUGGCCCAGCUGCGGCUCGGUGACACCGAUGGCAGUGCCAGCGAGGAGGGGACAGGGCCCUGCCGACCUCUGCCAGAGGCUCCUCCCAAUGGCAUGGACUGUGCUGGGAGGUGGAGCAAGGACUGGAAGGGGAAGGAGGCUCCUGACAGCGGGGACCUGUCCUUCGUAGCCGGGGGCUACGAGGAGAUCUCGGACCACGACACGGAGGAGAAGCCCAGCCUUCCGCCCAGGAAGGAAUCCAUCAUUAAAUCAGAAGGAGAGUUACUAGAGAGGCAGAGACCUCCCCCCAAGCCCCCAGGCAUGAUUUUGCCCAUGAUCCCACCCAAGCAGUCGGCAGCCCCAAAGGACAGCAAGAAGCCAGAGCUCAAACCGGAGAAGGGCAAACUCUUCCAGCUGAAAAACGAAAUGGGGCUGGAAUGUGGACACAAGGUGUCGGCCAAGGAGGUGAAGAAGCCAAACCUCCGGCCCAUUGUCAAGCCAACCAAGCCAAAAGCUGAGCCUGUGGAGGACAAACCUGAGCCCAUCACCCAGAACCCGUUCUUGAAGUCAAGACCUCAGGUCAGGCCAAAACCCUCUGCGUCCCCCCGGACUGACCCGCCCCCAGCCGAUGACAGACUGGACAUUUGCAGCCUGCGGAGCAAGCUGAGACCUGCCAAAUGCCCAGAGAAGCCCUUGGAGCAGGACCCUGCUGCUGGGGAAGGCUCCUUCAGCAAUGCCACGGUCUCUUCGGAGCCUUGCGCGAGGUUCCCGGAGCGGCCGGGCAUGGAGAGCAAAGCCCUGCCCAAGCUGGACAGUGCUCCCAGAGAGGCACUGCCCAAAUCUCCCCUGGGCCCAGCAAGCCCCCCCUGUGCCAGGGACGCCCCUCUGCAGCGCCCCAUGGUGCCACCUCGCAGGCCACCCCCUCCCAAAAAGAUUGGGGCUCCUGUUUCCAUCCCCACCGAGCCCAGGACCCCGGCACGGGAACCUCCCGAGAUCAGACCCUCUGCAGUGCCAGGGAGGCCCAUGCUGGUCCCUCCCAAAGCCAAACCCUUCCUCUCUGCCUCCAUGCAAGACGAAGCCAAAGCCAGAAGCAGCAUGAACCCAAAGGUCAUCUCCAAACCCGUGGAGAGAGGAGAGGCCAAGGAGAGAACCUCAACCCCCAUCUCCAGCCAGGACAUCUCCAGGGAAGCUCUCUACGUGGCAGUGGCGGAUUUUGAAGGUGACGAGGAGACCAACAGCUUCAGAGAAGGGACUUUGUUUGAAGUUCGUGAGAAGAACAGCAGUGGCUGGUGGUUCUGCAAGGUCCUGGCUGGGGGGCCGUGCUGGGAGGGCUGGAUCCCUUCCAAUUACCUGCGGAAAAAGCCGUAGCCACUCCUCAGCCUG